AGCGGCCACCGGAGCUUGCGGGACUCAUAAAAGGCGAACGAAUAAAAUAUAGGUGCAGCAAGCUGGUCCCGCAGCCAUACCGCGCCGCCUUCUUUGCCUUGUAUCCGAAACGAUUCCAUGAGCAGUGGGUUGUACUCAUACAAGCUAGCUUUUCUGAAGAUCCGGAGGCCUCCGCUUUCACGGCGGAGAGUGUCGGUGGAGGGACGGAGGCGGCUGUCGUUCCGUCCGAUGGCGGCCCAAGAAGGAAUAAAGAAAGGUAUAGCGGAGUUCUACGAUGAGUCGUCGGGGCUUUGGGAGACUGUAUGGGGAGAACAUAUGCACCAUGGCUUCUACGACGCCGACUCUUCCACUACGCUGUCCGGCCACCGCACCGCACAGAUACGGAUGGUCGAGGAGGCUCUUCGCUUCGCCGGAGUUUCAGAUGUCCCGUUAAAGAAGCCCAACAGAAUAGUUGAUGUUGGGUGUGGGAUUGGUGGCAGUUCAAGAUAUCUGGCAAAGAAAUAUGCAGCCCAAGUCCAAGGCAUCACCUUGAGCCCUGUUCAAGCUAAGAGGGCUCAGGACCUAGCCAUGGCUGAGGACCUCGCUGACAAGGUGUCAUUCCAGGUAGCUGAUGCAUUGGAGCAACCCUUUCCUGAUGGUCAUUUUGAUCUAGUUUGGUCCAUGGAGAGCGGCGAACAUAUGCCUGACAAAGAAAAGUUUGUGAGUGAGCUGGCACGAGUCGCGGCGCCACGUGGCACCAUCAUAAUAGUUACAUGGUGCCAUAGAGAUCUCUUACCAACUGAGAAAGAACUGAAGCCAGAUGAGAUCAAUCUCUUGAAUAAGAUAUGCAAGUCUUUUUACCUACCCAAGUGGUGUUCUGCAGCUGAUUACCUUCAUAUUGCCAGCGCCUUACAGCUCAAGGAUGUUAAGACGGCUGAUUGGACUGAGAAAGUUGCUCCAUUUUGGCCUGCUGUUAUUCAAUCGGCAUUAACAUGGCGAGGCCUUACAUCUCUGUUGAGAAGUGGAUGGAGGACUAUAAAGGGAGCUCUUGUGAUGCCUCUGAUGAUCGAAGGAUAUAAAAAGGGGCUCAUUAAAUUUACAAUAAUUACAUGUCAGAAGCCAGAAUAAUCCAACCUUUUUCCUUUUAAUCUCCAUGGCGUUGAAUAAAUCUUAGAUGUAAUAUGAGCUGAAAAGUAUGCUAAAACAAGUGGAUGACAAUCUGUACCUUCAUUUUAAAUCAGCUGUGUUGUUUUAGUUGAAAUUUUCUUCAUAAACAUGUUUGUUGUGAUCUC